AUGGAAGUCUUUUUGAAGAAUGUCCCCAUCGAUGUGGGCGAAGACCGUCUCAAGAAAGAACUCACGCCCUUUUUCAAUGCUCUCGGCAUCGUCGACUUCAUUGUCGAUAAACCCAAGCGAAAGCCCAUGGCCUGGGUUUCAUUCCUCAGGCACAGCGAUGGUGAAGCCUUUCUCAAAACGCAUGGCAAAGUAGCCGCCCUCCCAACUACCCAAAAGCCGACACCUACCGAUGGUGACGCCUUUUCCAAAAAGCACGGCAAAGCAGCCGCCGCCGCCGUCGCAUCCCCCCCAAAGCCGCACCCCUCAGGUGGUCGCCUUCGAGAUAUUGCGCGGCUGCACUUGCUAAAGACACCCAUCUUUGCAGAGAGGAGUAGGCGACCGGUGAACAAGAUGGCGUUGCAUCGCCUGGCGCACGAGCGCGAUGAGCGCCAGAAGAAACCAGACAGAAGCCAGCCAGCACCGGCCAUCAUUUGUGCCAUCAACGCAGUCUCCUGUGGCAAGAUUGUCUUUGCGCCGCCAGAAAUGGGGCUGAAAUACAUACAGCAGAUCCAUCAUCGUUUUGAAGCCACUGCCAAGUUUGGUCCUCAAUUCCUAACGGUGCACGAGGAGAAGGUCGCUCGAAUGGACAUACCCUAUCACGUUAUCCAGUCAGUCAUUCUGGACGACGGGUCUCAGAGCAUGACAUUGAUCUUGGAAGACCCCCCGAGAUUCUUCGUUGCACGUUCGGAUCUUGAUGGCCAAGGCGCAAAGUGGGAGCGGCUAACAAGCUUUCCUUUGUGGGCGAAUCAUGCCAAGUACGUGUCUCAUUGUCUGGUAUACCAACUGACGCUUGCUGGUGGCUACAAUUCAACAGUUCGCGCUCUUAAGCGCCAGGAUAUUCUUUCGCUCAAUCACCAGAGCAUCCCGCUUACAGCUACCCCGAUACCUACUGUGGAGGACUACUCUACUGCCAUGAAUGCAUUCGAAGGAAAGAUGCAGAGCCUCGGUAAUGCCACGAAACAUGUACUCCCCUUCCCCAUUCUCUUUCAAGUCCAGACGCUCGUCUGGAACAACUACCUACACCCACACAGCGGACUGCGUGUACUCGAAAUCAUCGAGAGUACGGCCAAAGAUGCCGCCUGGAAAGGCGAGACACCGCCCUACACCGUCGACAGCAUGAAGCGGCUCCUGCGCAAUAUUCCGUAUCCUGACACUGGCACAGACCCAGCCGAUGUCAAUCCGGUGACCUUUCUGCAACGCGUAGCGCAGGAGGAGACGGAUCUCCGCAGUCGAGAUGUGUCCAGGCAGGGCGUCUACGGUCCCAGCAUACCGCGACAUCAAACAUGGGUCUUCAAAGCCAUGGUAGCUCCUACACGCAUAUUCUUGCAAGGCCCCGAUCCGGAGAGCCGGAAUAGGGUUUUGCGCAUGUUUCCCGAUCACGGUGAUUAUUUUCUCCGCGUCACCUUUUGCGACGAAGACGGCCAAGAUCUUUCCUUUAACCCCAGGGUUUCCAACGAUGCCAUCUACGAGCGAUACCGCCAAGUUCUCAUCAAGGGAAUUCGGAUUGCUGGCAGGCAAUUCUCUUUCCUGGGUUUCUCGCACUCGUCCCUCCGAUCGCACUCGACCUGGUUUAUGGCUCCAUUCGUCGGCGCAGAUGGGCAGCGUCAAAGUCGCGACACCAUCCUUGCCGCUCUGGGCGAUUUUAGCGACAUUCGCAUACCGGCAAAAUGCGCAGCGCGCAUCGGUCAGGCCUUCUCCGAGACUCCUUAUGCUGUUGACUUGUUCAAGUCCGGCAUCGGUGUUCGUUGGAUUCCAGACGUCAAAUCGGCCGAUGGGGAACGCGUCUUUAGCGACGGCGUGGGUACACUGUCGAGGGCUGCCGUGGAAGAGUUUUGCAAGGCACUGCCCGGGCGCUCUACGACUGCUACAUGUUUCCAGAUUCGCUGGGCGGGCGUCAAAGGCUUGCUCGUUCUUGACACGAGAUUGCAAGGCAAGGUCAUCUGCGUCCGCAAAGAAUCAAUGAUGAAAUUCCCUAGCCAAGAUUUGCAAGAACUUGGAAUCUGUGAUCUAGCGUCGAGACCGUUGCGGUUGGUACUCAAUCGUCAGGUAAUCAAGAUCUUGGAAGACAUGGGAACUCGCGAUUCGUGGUUCCUGGCAUUGCAACACGAUGCGCUCGAGUUUCUGCGCGCUGUCACUGCUACCGCCCUCAAUACCAGCACUUUUUUGCAAUAUCAGGAUAUCGGGAGUGCCAUUGGUCUAUCGUCAUUCAUCAAACAACUGGACAAGAUGGACAUUGACUAUCGCCGCGAUGCCUUCCUCAAAUCUGUCGUGGAACACGUUGUGCUGCGCGAAUUGCGGCUGCUCAAACACAAGGCCAGAAUCCCCGUCCACAAGGGAGUCACGCUUUUUGGAGUCAUGGAUGAGACCGGAUUUCUUCAAGAAAAUCAGGUUUAUGUUACCUACGACGCGACACGGGGUAAGAGCGGAGAGCGUCUAGAUACCACCUUGACAGACGGUCCUAUCAUCGUUACCCGAUCUCCUGCUCUGCACCCCGGCGACAUUCAGUACGUCCAGAUGGUGACGCCUCCCGAAUCUCACCCUCUAAGAAGCCUGAGAAACUGCAUUGUCUUCAGCCAGAAGGGUUCUCGAGAUCUACCGAGCCAGCUGAGUGGUGGCGAUCUUGAUGGGGACCUAUACAACAUCAUUUGGGACCCUCGGGCUCGUCCUCAAUGGACAUUUGCACCUGCUGAUUACACACGCGUUGUUCCUCCGUCCCUCGAUAGGCCAGUCACACGCCAGGAUAUCGCCGACUUCUUUGUCGACUUUAUGAAGUCGGACAUUCUGGGACUCAUCGCCAUUCGGCACCAGAUUAUGGCCGACGUGCAAGAUCUUGGGACUCAGGACGGCGAAUGCAUUAGACUGGCCGAGAUGCACUCCACUGCCGUCGACUAUUCCAAGACUGGAAUUGCCGUCAACUGGCGAGAUUUACCCCGGGCGCCACGCUCGCGGCCCGACUUCCUCGCUCCCGCACCUCCACUUCAUCUCUACGAUCUCGGCCAAAUUGGCCAUAUAGCCGAGGAGGACGAUGACGACGGAAAUGACAUGGCCCUUGCCAAACCUAGGUAUCAUCGGUCUGAAAAGAUACUAGGUCGCUUGUAUCGCGAGAUUGACGAAGGCAAGAUUUGGAGCGAAGACAUACACAGGCCUAUUCCCACGGAUGGUCCGUCAGUGUGGGUGCAGCUGUUGGGACGAGUUCAAUAUGAAUUGAAUUCGUGGAACAUCGGGACCGACUACGCUCGUCAUUAUGAACAAGCAUGGAAUAUCCGCACACUGUACGAGGAUGCAAUAACGGGCAGCAUGUGGCACUUUUCGGACAAUCCACGCAGCCCCGUUUCCGAAGCAGAAGUAUUUUGCGGCUCCAUUCUCAACAAGAGAGGAGUGCAGUCACGGCAGCAGCGUGAGGCGUCGAUUCGGCUCAAAGACGAGAUUGACAGAGUCAUGACGUGGAUCGUCAAGCUCAUUCGCGACGGGACAGACCAACGCGGCGACAACACGGCAUAUCAGGACGACGAUGGCGUCACAGACGAUUACGACGAGUACAGAGCACUUCAGUUGUCUUGGGCGUGCUUGGUCGUGGGCUGUGUCCCAUCUGCGGAGCAAGCAGCCAGCAGCGGGACCGCGGCGCUCGAAAGCUUUCGCGUCGUCGCUGCCGCUUGCUUGCUAAAGGAGCUCAAUGAUUUGAGGAACAACAUGUUGGAGGAGAAGUUUUCCGCUCUCGAUAUCAAGCAUUCCAGAAGGGGUUGA